CCAACAAUCAAAUCCACAAGCUCUAUAAUCAAAUUAAGCUUUUCUUUCCCAAAAGAAAUUUUAGGCAGCAUGGCAGAAGAUCAACCCUCCCUUUUGCAAAAAUUUGUUCAAGAUGAGUUACCCCAAGAACUUAGGGAUUUGGUAUCAAACCUGCCAAUGGAAAAUGGUUGGGCAGAAAAACACCUUUACCAAUACCAAGGCUUUUGGUACAACCCUUUUAUCCUUCAAGCCCUAGUAACUCUUCAAAAGCACUUUCAUGCAAAUGACAAUGAUAUCUUCCUUGUUUCAAUUCCAAAAUCAGGCACCACUUGGCUUAAGGCAUUAGCAUUUUCCAUAGUAAAUAGAAGUAAGUAUCCGAAUUUCCAAAAUCACCCUUUGAUCAAUAAUAACCCUCAUGCUCUUGUACCCUUUUUGGAGUUUGACCUAAAUUCCAGCAAUGAGUUUCUUCCUAAUUUCAACUCGUUGUCGCGGUCAUCAUCGUUAUUCUCUUCUUCUCCAAGGAUCAUAUCCACUCAUUUUCCCUAUGUCUCGUUACCGAAUUCAGUAAAAGAAUCGUCUUGUAAGAUAGUAUACCUUUGUAGAGAUCCUAAAGACAUUUUAAUUUCACGUUGGCAUUUUACAAACAAAUUGCGAAAAGGAAUCACAGACAACUUCUCACUUGAAGAUGCUUUUGAGAUGUUUUGCAAGGGAGUGAGUCCUGGUGGACCCUUUUGGGAUCACAUGUUAGGGUAUUGGAAUGAAGGUAUGAAAAGUUCAAAUAAUAAGAAGAUAAUGUUUCUAAAGUAUGAAGAGAUCAAAAUGAAUCCAUUGCUUGUUUUGAAAGAACUAGCUGAAUUUUUAGGGUUUCCUUUUUCUAGAGAAGAAGAAGCUGUUGGAGUGAUGGAUGAUAUCUUAAAGCUUUGUAGUUUUGAUAAUUUGAGCAAUUUGGAAGUGAACACCAAUGGAAAGACAUCUUUUGGAGUAGAAAACAAUAUUUUUUUUCGUCGUGGCCAAGUUGGAGAUUGGAAAAACUAUCUCACAACAGAGAUGGUUGAAAAAUUGAACAAUAUUAUUGCAAAUAAAUUGACUGAACAUGGGAUUCAAUUUUAGAUGAUUAUUGUAAUAAUAAUGUUAUGACAUAUAAUAAAUAAUUUUUUUUUCUAA